CCAACCUGGAGUCUGUCGAUCUGUCUUUAAGUCCUCAAUGAGUGGAGCAAUAAUUAGUUUUAGAUUUAAGCUGUAACAGCCUUUGAGCCUCUUUCAUCCAGCCGCGCGCCACCAUGACGCAUAUCGCUCCUCUUGUUACUGUCAUUUUAACAUCAUCACUCCUGACACUUACGGCUGCAGAAGCCUCGAUCCUCUGCACCUGGACGAAAGUUUUCCCCACAGGAGAAGUGCACUACAGUUUUCUGCGGCAGGCCUCUCCAUCUCCGCGGCUCUACCACAGCGCCUGGUCCGGGGAGCGCACUCUGCUCAGCUGCGCUUGGAGCGACGACGCAGGAGUGAUCCAGAACUAUUUCUCUCUGUGCCGGGAGCUCACGCACGAGUUUUCCGAUAAUCCAGAUGAAAAGCUCGAUGUGCGGUCCCUGAUUGAGGCAGAGGAUCUGUGCGUCUCUCUGGCAUCUCCAGGGGUCGGCGGGCGCGGGGAGCGCACAGGGAAGAGGCCGGUAAGGAGCGUUGGUGGCCACACCGAGGCCGGUUCACCGCCUGAGAAUCGUCAAGGUCAGGCUGAAGGGUCAGAGGUCAUGACCCAUCGGCGUGUAAAGCGCGGCUUCAUUGUACCAGGGACUCUCUGGUGCGGCUCUGGCAACAAGGCGCCAUCAUAUGAGGAUUUGGGGGUGUUUGCAGAAACAGACAGCUGUUGCCGGGAACACGACCAGUGCAAAAACACCAUCCUGUCCUUUCACUCAGAGUUCGGUGUCUUCAACAGCAACAUCUUUACCAUGUCUCACUGUGACUGUGACAACAAGUUUCGCAGUUGUCUGAUGGAGGCGAGUGACAGCAUAUCUGACGUAGUGGGAUAUACCUUCUUUAACCUGCUGAAGAUGCAUUGCUUUGAGUUCUCCCACCGACUCCAGUGUACACAGAGAAACUGGUUUGGAAUGUGCAAAGAGACUAAAAUGGCUCUAUAUGCUGAGGUCCAUCCACCCACACAGUACGAGUCUCCCGAUCCAACAGAGGUCAGCAGGAACAGUACCAGCUCCAUCAUAAACACUACCGUACCCACAGAGCUACUGGAGAGCAGCACGUCAGACCCACAGCUCUUCUCCAUCACUGCUGCAGCAUCCAUGGCCCCUACACCUUCAGCCAGUUCCCCCUCUGCCUCCAUCACCCCUGUUACUCACUCCACAGUCACAACCACAUCAGAGGGACCUACAGGACCAGUAUCUGAGAGUAGAGACCAUUUGGAGAGCACUUUACCAACCAAAAACCAAACUCUGUCUGAGCCGGAUGCUGACAUCACAGAGAAGACGCUGUCAUGUGCUGUCUACAAGGAUCUUGAUGAGUGCAGGAACAAGAUCCUUCCCCAGAAGAAGAAAUACGGCCUCCACAACCCGGAGGCCACAACGCUGUACCACUGCAACUGUACCACCAGAUUAUUCCAGACUUUGGCUAAACAGAGACAACUGACUGAAGUACAGGCGCUUCUGCUGGGACAUGUGUCUCAAUCCUGCUUCCUGCCACAGGACUGCACAUCAGGCAAAAUCUGUACAGCAGUUCUGGUGAAAGCAGAGCUUCCUCAGCUGGACCAGAAGAGCAGUGCAGACAUGGAGGAACAGCGCCAUCUACAGGCAGUCAAACUGAAGGUGAGGAGGCCAAACACCAGGAGCGCAAAGAGAAAAGUCCGGCUUCACAAACUGUGUCUCAGGAUGGUCCGGCCCAGACUCAACAAGACCAGAAAACAAGGUCAAGAUGCACAUCGGCCGACUGUAAGACAAAGAGAACUCGUCUGAAUGUGAAUAUUAUGGAGCGUCAAAAUGUUCAAUAUUCGAUAGAUAAAUAAGACAUCAUGAAAUCAUAUGAAUAAAUACAGAGAAAACCUUGAAA